AUGGAAGAUCAGAGGCUGAAAGGAUUAUUACCAUCCUGGCUGCUCCUAGUGAGCUUGUUUGAUAUGAGGGAGGCCCAAGAAACCUAUCACAAACAUGAGAUUCUCUUCACUGCAGUGGGUACAAGAAGAUCACUCACAGAACUCCUCAUCACUCAUGUUAUAGAUGAUGUGAAAGUGUGCUCCUAUGACAAACAUGAUGGGAAACUUGUUUUCAAGUAUCCCUGGAUCUCCAAGGUCCUUGGGACUGAAUACAUUAAAAAGAAGAAGAAGACAAUUACAGACAUUGAGAUGAAUUUCCGUUCAGUUGUCAAGCACAUCACUCUGAAUGAUACCAAGAGUCACACCAACCAGACACUACAGCUCUUUGCGGAUUGUGAGCUGGACAGGGACAUCCAGGUGGGCAGCCACAUCCAGUUUGCCCUGAACGGAGGACUUCAUGGGAAAAUAGACGAUGAUGACUGGGUUUUCUUUAAGCCUGAGGCAGAACAAUUCAAGAUCUUUCUGCAAAGCGGCUUCCAGACUGCCUUGAGGAGACAUUAUAUACAGGAACAUUGUUAUGGCAUGAUGAGAAAAAUCCUGCAGUACUCAAACAUGAAGGAGAAUGUUCCCCCAGAGGUGACCAUUGGCCGCCAUGAAGCCACAGAUGGGAGAGUUACCCUAUCCUGCACAGCCAGGGGCUUCUUCCCCCCAUCCAUCCUGCUUCACUGGGAGAAGGAUGGAUGGCUAGGUAUAUGGGGACAGGAGAUCUCCAGUGGCACCCUGCCUAAUGCUGACAACACCUUUUAUCUCCGAGUCACCAUGGAACUCCAGUUGGAAGACACUGGAGCAUAUUACACCUGUGUGGUAGAACAUAGUGAGCUGUCAAUACCAGCUGUAUACCCAGUCCCUAGGAAGCCUUCAAAGGAGAGACCUUGGGACAAAGUCUUGGGUGCCUUGGCCGUUGUCAUCCUGGUGCUGAGUUGUGUUGUGGCCUUCAUCAUGUGGAAGAAGAAGACAGGAAAAGAAGCACAAUUUUUAAACCAUAUCCCUGGAGCUUCUAACAAAUGUGAGAGUGGCCACCCUGUUUAUUACUUUGGGGGAUGA